UCUCCUCUCUAUCUCCUUCACGGGCCACUGCUCGGCUGCUCCCUCCCUCCCUCGUCACCCCCCAACCCCUCCAUGGCCAUGGCGACCUCCACCUUCUCCCCGCGCCCCGCCUCCCUCAGGUCCCUGAGGGCCGGCGCCAAGCCCCACCUCCACCUCCACCUCCUCCCCUUCCCCCGCCUCCGCGCCGGCCGCCGGGGGAGCCGCCUCGAGCGCGCCGCCGCCGGGGAGGCGCCCGUCGAGGUCGCGCCGCCCAGGGAGCCCGAGGCGGAGCCGGCACCCGCCGCGGCCUCCAACGGGUCCGCCGUCAAGGCCGUCGAAGCUCCCGCGGAGGCCGCGCCGGCGCCGGUGCCGGCUUUCCGGGACGCGAGGUGGGUGAACGGGACCUGGGACCUCAGCAAGUUCGAGAAGGGCGGCGCCGUCGACUGGGACGCCGUCAUCGACGCCGAGGCCAGGAGAAGAAAAUGGCUUGAAGAUUAUCCAGAGGCCACUAACACAGAUGAGGCCGUUGUCUUUGAUACUUCAAUUAUUCCAUGGUGGGCAUGGAUGAAGAGGUUCCACCUUCCCGAAGCCGAGAAGCUGAAUGGUCGCGCUGCCAUGGUCGGCUUCUUCAUGGCUUACUUUGUCGAUAGCUUGACGGGUGUGGGUCUUGUCGACCAAAUGGGCAACUUCUUCUGCAAAACCCUGCUGUUUGUAGCUGUGGCUGGUGUUCUGCUGAUCAGGAAAAAUGAGGACCUUGACUCACUGAAGAAGAUAAUCGACGAGACGACAUUCUACGACAAGCAAUGGCAGGCAACCUGGCAAGAUGAGACCACUGGGGGGCCGAAGAACUAGAUCAGUGUUGGGGUCUGAAUGCAGAAUGCUUUUCUUGUGUUGUGUUUUGUUUUACGGCCUUUUUGUUUCCCCAUCUAGUGAGGCUUGCAGGAACAUUUUGACAAACAUAAUAAUCUACGCUAUCUUGUAAAAAGUAUGAACUUACUUUCUGUGCUA